GGAUGUUUCAUCUGUUGAACUCCUCAUGAACAAUCACCAGGGUAUCAAAGCCGAAAUCGAUGCCCGAAACGACAGCUUCACUACCUGCAUUGAGCUGGGCAAGUCUCUCCUGGCCAGAAAGCACUACGCUUCAGAGGAGAUCAAGGAGAAGCUGCUGCAGCUGACAGAAAAGAGAAAAGAAAUGAUUGACAAAUGGGAAGACCGAUGGGAGUGGCUGAGACUGAUUCUGGAGGUGCACCAGUUUUCCAGGGACGCCAGCGUGGCGGAGGCCUGGCUGCUGGGGCAGGAGCCCUACCUGGUGGGGCAGGAGCCCUCCCUGUCCAGCCGCGAGAUCGGCCAGAGUGUGGACGAGGUGGAGAAGCUGAUUAAGCGGCACGAAGCGUUUGAAAAAUCCGCAGCUACGUGGGAUGAGAGGUUUGCAGCACUGGAGAGACUGACCACACUGGAACUGCUGGAAGUCCGUCGGCAGCAGGAGGAGGAGGAGAGGAAGAGACAGCCACCCACCCCCGAGCCCAGCCCCAAGGUUGCCGAGGAUGCGGCCUCCCAGCAGCAGUGGGAUGGGACAAAAGGAGAACAAGUUUCCCAGAAUGGUUUGCCAUCAGACCAGGAAUCUCCACGGGUGGCAGAGACUGCAGAAACAAACGAAAUGGUCAAUGGAGCUGCAGAACAGAGGACAAGUUCCAAAGAGUCCAGUCCUGUUCCUUCUCCGACGUCAGACCGCAAAGCCAAGACUGCUGUUCAGGCCCAGACUGCUGCCACCCUACCAGCCAAAACACAGGAGAUGCCUUCAGCUCAGAUGGAGGGCUUCCUACACCGCAAGCACGAGUGGGAGACACACAGCAAGAAAGCCUCCAGCAGGUCGUGGCAUAACGUGUACUGUGUCAUAAACAACCAAGAGAUGGGCUUCUACAAGGAUUCCAAAGCUGCUGCUUCUGGCAUCCCCUACCACAACGAGAUUCCCGUCAGCUUGAAGGACGCAGUCUGUGAAGUAGCGGUCGAUUACAAGAAGAAAAAGCACGUGUUCAAGCUCAGAUUGACUGAUGGCAACGAAUACCUCUUCCAAGCCAAAGACGAU